AUGUCUGACUCGUCAAAACCAUCAAUCUCCCGAAAGAGCGCUUUCUCGUGCGAGGCAUGUCGCAAGCGCAAGGUAAAAUGUAACGCCGCAACGCCGUCAUGUUCGCGAUGCUCCGCGCGGGGUGAAGCGUGCAUCUAUACCUUGACUCCGACCCUGUCGUAUACCCGAACUCUCGAAUCGCGCAUUGCAAAGCUAGAGGCAGAGCUAGCAAAGUUCAGAAAGGACCCCCAACACCGCAACGGUGCGGACACAGAGCAAGAUCGCGGACUGAAAGUAGAAGAGUCAGACAGGCCAUCGUCCAUCGAUUCGUUUGAACAGCAUCGUGAAGAUGUUAAGGAAUCCGUGGAUCUACUCUCCCGAGACAUCGAGGGCCUGACGGUGGAGGACGACGGGCGCAUCUCGUUCCAUGGUCCGACCAGUUUAUUCCAGCUGCCCAGCGGCCUAGCGGAAAUCGCAAAUCCCACUUUAUCCGUCGACAAUGAGUCGGAUGGCCGAAAGGAACGACUCAUUAACAAUGCAUGGAGAGAACGUGCAUUCGAGCAAUUAACUACCAUCCCAGAACCGUUCAACUACUUGCUGGACUCCCACUGGUGCUGGAUACAACCGUUAUUUAACUUUGUGUAUCGCCCUGCCUUUACUCGUGAUAUGAAGAUGAACGGCCCAUACUUCUCCGAAAUUCUCCUAAACGCCAUUCUAUCCCACUCCCUUCGGUGGUGCAGGGACGAACCUAAGAUCGCUCGCAUGCUCGAUGCCUACGAUGGAGGCCAGCAAUUCCGCCAGAGAGCCGUGACUGGUUUAUUUGAAAGUUUGAAGAGUGGCAACGGCCAAAUCACGGUUGUUCAGACUCUGCUUUUGCUGAGUGCCCAGGAAUGUGGCCGUGGAAAUCGAACCCAAGCAUGGCUAUAUAGCGGAAUGGCCUUUCGACUUGUAGAAGACUUAGGCAUCACCAUUGAUAGCCGGAAGUACUCUGGCUCGGUGCAAUUCUCAGACGAAGACGUCGAGAUUAGAAACCGCCUUUUCUGGAGCUGCUACUUUUGGGAUAAACUGGUGUCGCUAUAUUUCGGCCGAUCGCCGAUUAUCCAGGAUACCCCCGUCAGUCCACCCCGGAUAUUAUUGGAUGAUACUGCCGAGAUCGAAAUAUGGACACCCCACGGAGUGGUAUUCCCCGAGGGUAUGCACUAUCCGCCGACGCAGGCCCACUCAACGUCAUGUUUCAUGAAGAUGUGUUCGUUGGCGGAAAUCCUCAACCAGAUAAUCAUCCACAUAUAUGAUCCUGUUCGACAGAGCACAGAAGCCCAAAUCCAGGAUUGUGUGGACAAACAGGGGGCAAAUCUUGAGAUAUGGUGGAAUGAACUUCCGCCUUUCCUAAAACUCGUUCCCAGUAGCCUCCCUACAUACUGCCCGCCUAGUCACGUCGUGACUCUAAAAACCCGGGAAAACGCUACAAACAAUGCUAACCACUUGGUCCAAUGUCUCUCGUCGGCUACCUCUAACAUCUCACUAUACGAUCUCUUUAGACGGACUUUCGGCGAUAGCCAUGUCGUUCUGUCCCUCGCGUACAGUUUAUAUACAGCCGCUUCCAUAUUUAUACUCGAAAUUCAGGCAUUAAAAUACGCAUCUGCUUCGACGUUGGAGAAACUGAGAUAUUGUAUCUUGGCACUUGAGCGUGUUAAGGCGGCUAAUCCAGUUAUCAAUACCGCGCUUGGUUUGGUCGAGAAAGAACUAAAAAAGCUUCGCAUCAACAUCUUUGAUACUCCGACCAACCCAGACCAGCCCGCUAUCCCCGCCCAGUCUCCACAGACCACUACUUCAUCACCUCCCGCCUCUUUAGAUCCGCUACAUGGUCAACAUAUAUAUACCCUACCCCCACACGGCGCAUUUAGCAUCACUCCUCCCCCGGCAGACCGUCAACAAGCUCAACAGCAACAGCGACAACCUUCACAUAACCCAAAUCCCUUCAUUAUGGAUACACCACCGCUACCAGACCCGCCAGAUUUCAUCGCUCAAGAUCGAAUGUAUGACAUCGCACCAGAACUGUUUGAGGCUUUUUCGUACGUCGAGCCAACUACCCCUGGUGGCGUCGGGACGGGGUUCGACACCACGAACUGGGCUGGGACUGGGCCAGCUAGCUAG